CAAUGGACUGAUAUGAUUAUUUGCCAUCACCCAAAUCUCAUUUACCACUCUCUCUCUCCCUCUCUCCCAGACUGGUAUUGGAUUUGCUUCUCUUACCCAUGGCGACAAUCAGCAUCGCUUCUGUUUCGAUCCCAGGUGGAUCCCAUCUCAAAUCACAUGAACUUUGGUCCACAAAGUGCAAUUCACUUGGUAAUACAUCAAGAUUGACAUAUAAAAGGAAAUCCAACCAACUACAAACCAACCACAACCUGUCUGUCCGUGCGGAGUACAAUGAUCGUAGAGGUGGAGGAGGUGACUUUGUUGCAGGUUUCCUUGUGGGAAGUGCAUUGUUUGGAACUCUGGCAUAUAUUUUUGCUCCCCAGGAUCGGUUGUCCAAGAAGCAGAUUGGGACCGACCGUAGAGUUGGAGAUCUCUAUGUGGCAGAAAGCUUGCAUCUUCCUUUAUCCACCGCUCCAGUUAUCAGAAGAUCAUUGCUAAAUGAAGAUGAAUAUGGCUUCCGGAGAGCCAGGCGACCAAUAUAUUAUGAUGAAGGUUUAGAGAAAACCAGGCAGACCUUGAAUGCAAAGAUUAGCCAACUCAAUUCUGCCAUCGACAACGUGUCUUCACGGUUGAGAGGUGGCAAUAAUAUGCCUGCUGUGCCAAUUGCAAGUGACCCAGAAGAAGCUACCAUGUAAGAUCUGCUUCUGUUUGUUGCGUGAUAAUAAAAAACUAAGGUUCAUUUCAACUAGUUGAAUACGUACUUUGGUGAGGGAAAAUUCAUUGAAAAUUUCAUAAAUAUAUGUCCGUGAGGAGCUGGUUCAAGUCAUAGGAAUCAGCCUCUUCAUAAACAAAUGAAGGCAAGGCUGCCUACUUACUACCUCUCCCAGACCCUGCUCUAAGAGGAACCUUGUGUGCACUGGGUAUGAUUCUUAUGACCUAGGUCAAUAACAAUAUGUUUGCUUUAAGUUGUGUUGGUUUCUUCUUAAAUUUUAAGAUAUUGGAACUCUGCAUAUUUUAAGCUGCGAAGUAUUGUUUAAGGUAUAAUACAAAGUGGGAGAUUGGUUACCAUUUUCUUCUA